UGAUGGGGUGGUGAGGGAGAGCGAGGAGCAGAAUCCUCACCAGGAAGAUGCUGAGCUUGCAGAAGCGCAUGGGGAAUUACUGCGAAGAUCCAAAGGGAGCGUGACCAGCCCCCGUGAUCAGGGAAAAGCUGAUGAAAGUUACCACAGACCAGAGAGAGAGCAGGGAAACCACUCAGAGGAGAGAGUGGAUGAACCCAUUAAUUGUCAGGGAACUCACAGGGACCUCAAGGAAAGUAUGUCCCAGGAGAAAAUCCUCACGGAGAAGCGAGAGAAUACAUGUAGUGAGUGUGGGAAAAACUUCAAUUACCAUUCAGGCCUUAUUCGACAUGAGAUAAUUCAGAUAAAAGAGAGACCCUAUGAAUGCAGUGAGUGCGGGAAAAUUUCACUCAGAGAUAUACCCUUAUCUCUCAUAAGAGAAUCUACAUGGGAGAGCGACCCUACAAAUGCUGCAAGUGCGGGCUAAGCUUCACUCAAAGAUCAGCCUUUAUCUCUCAUCAGACAAUGCACACAGGAGAGCGACCCUACGAAUGCUGCGAGUGUGGGAAAAGCUUCUAUCGGAGCUCAAACCUUACUAUGCAUCAGCGGAUCCACACAGGAGAGAGACCCUAUGAAUGCCGUGAGUGCAGGAAACGUUUCACUCACUUCUCCUCCCUUACCUCUCAUCAGACAACGCACACAGGAGAGCGACCCUACGAAUGUUGUGAGUGUAGGAAAAGCUUCUCUUGGAGCUCAAACCUUACUAUGCAUCAGAGGAUCCACACAGGAGAGAGAUCCUAUGAAUGCAGUGAGUGCGGGAAAAGCUUCCCUUGGAGCUCAACCCUUAUUACACAUUACAGAAUCCACACCGGGCAGAGACCCUAUGAAUGCUGCGAGUGUGGGAAAAGCUUCACUCAUAGCUCAGGCCUUUCUAAACAUCAGAGAAUCCGUAAAGGAGAUAAACUUCAUAAAAACCUUCUCUAGAGCUGUCAGAAAAUUUUUU